AUGGAGUCGUCAUCUGUGGACUUGCCUAAAUUGAGCGAGAAACCUAAGAUUGCGUACAUUGAGACGAUCGAAAGAAUUGAGACGGCUGAUACACGAUGCCGAGGACCAAAUACGUUUCUCUCACAGGAUUUGAAGGUCUCCGCCAAUGAGCCAACCGAAGAAUAUGAAGGUCGGCACCGUUACGAUCCAAACUUCCAUUGGGAAGCUCUGGAAGAGAAAAAGAUUGUGCGAAAGCUUGACAAAAGGGUUUGCGUAUGGACCUGCCUCGCUUUCUUCUGCCUUCUUCUCGACCGCAGCAACACAAGCCAGGCCAUUGCGGACAACCUACUAGACGACUUGAAGAUGAACACGAAUGACUAUAAUUUCGGUUCAACGCUCUUUAAUAUCACCUUUCUCAUCGCAGAGAUUCCAAUGCAGUUGCUCGCUAAGAAAAUCGGGCCCGACCGAUGGCUACCAGUCCAAAUGGUGGCGUGGAGCAUCGUCGCCAGCUGUCAAGCAUUCCUAAAAAAUCGGACUGGUUACUUGAUCUGUCGCUCUCUACUCGGUAUCACAGAAGCUGGGUUUAUUCCAGAAAAUGUAUUGUAUUUGAGUUACUUUUAUACCGGCGCUGAAAUGGCGUACCGCAUGACGUUUUUCUGGAUUGCAUUUCAAGCCUCCCAGGUCAUUUCCGCUUUAAUGGCCUUCGGUAUUCUCCACUUGAGGGGUGUGGCUGGCCUUCCCGGAUGGCGAUGGCUCUUUGGCCUCGAAGGUUGCAUCACUGGAAUAAUCGGCGUGAUUGCAAUCUUCUUCUAUCCAACUUCUCCCACACAGCCAUCCAUAUACGCUAAGCUACGAGGUCCAAAGUCCUGGUUUACUGAAAAUGAAGAGAAGGUUAUGGUCAACCGGAUACUCCGCGAUGAUCCAGCCAAAGGAGCUAUGCAUAACCGAGAACAUAUCUCAUUUAAAAUGAUGUGGAAAGCCACCACAGACUGGCACAUGGUUCCAAUGUACAUCCUAUCCCUUACAUGGACGGUACCUUUCUUGCCAAUGACCAUGUACAUGACGCUAACCUUGCGCGGCCUUGGCUUCACAACCUUCCAGACCAGCCUAAUGUCCAUCCCUGGUGCCACUCUUGUCGGCCUGCAACUUUUCUUCUGGGCUUGGGUAUCACGGAAAACAGGCCAAACUCUCCUCCUCGGCGUCAUUGGUCAGCUGUGGGCAAUUCCAUUCCUUCUUACGCUGCUCUUCCUGCCACGACAUCCUAAUCCUUGGGUCAAGUGGGUCAUAUGUUUGCUUCUCGUCGGUUACCCUAAUAUCCUGGGUAUCAUGGUGUCGCUUGUGAGUCGGAAUGCUGGAUCCGUACGUACGAGGGCUUUGGCAGCUACAGUGUUUAACAUGGGUGUUCACGGAGCGUCGAUUAUUGGAUUUAAUAUUUACCGGAAUGAUGACAAGCCAGCUUACCACCGAGGCAACAAAGUACUCCUUGGCUUCGUGUGCUUAAAUAUUCUCAUGUUCAUUAGCGCUAAGAUGUUGUACAAGUGGGAGAACGCCCGCCGCGACAAGAUAUGGAAUGCGAUGACCGAUGACGAGAAGAUUGAAUACCUGACCAAUACGACUGAUGAGGGGAACAAGAGGCUGGACUUCCGCUUCGACCAUUAG